GCACUCACAUAAAAGAAAGCAAUAACAGGAGAACGAAAGGAGUUCUGCGUUGAAACAAACAAGGAAGGAAGGAAAGAAAAGACAACAGAGAGGGAAAAGCGGAUUCAUUGUGCUCUCUUCCGCUUUGCAACUCUCGACACUCUUCUCUUCUGUUUGUGCAUCGCCCAACGUCUAUGCAUUUGACGCAUCACGUUUCAACCCGCCUUUUGUCCAUCUCCGAAUCAAAUUGGACAUAAAAAACCACCUCUAGAAAACACGGGAAACGGUGCCUCUAAAUCUGAGAGAGAGAGACGAACGGAGAAGCACACGUAGCCUAAGUCUGGUUUCCGCUGAAUAGCGUCACUAUUGGGUUGUUGUUAAUGAAACUGUGGGCUGCCGCUGAACUGUAAUACUUUUCCGUUGUGGUCACAACGCGUUUGCCGUUCUCGAUCCUUUGUAUUUGUACAGAAUCUUCUGCAGAUUCAAAGACAUGAGCGCAGCGUACGGCUACAAUGACUACGGCGCCCAAUACGGCCAGCAGCCACAAGCGCAGCAGGCGUACGGGUCUGGGGCGCCAAACGCGUACGGUGGAUACGGUGGCGUUCAGAAUGAGGUCUACCACCAGUAUGACGCGCAACAGACACAGGCCUACGCGCAACAGCAGCAGCACCAGUACAACGCAAACGCAGCUGCGAGCCAAGCUGUGGCGUCGCAAAGCUACCAGCAAGACUACAAUCAGCAGCAACAGCAACCUGUUAUGGGUGUGGUAGACAACGGCGAACCCAACGGGCAGGCAGGCACGGAAGCCCCGGCGCGGUGGUCGUGGUCGCUCUACCCCAUGAGUCGCAUUGACGGCGCGCGCCUGGUGGCUCCCCUCGGCUGCCUCUACUCCCCCCUCGCCUCCCCGUGCACACAGCUCAACUACGCCCCCACGCAGUGCACCGUGUGCGGUGGUGUGUUGAACCCGUACGCCACCCUCGACUCCCGCAGCCGCACCUGGGGCUGUCCGCUCUGUCUGGCCAAAAAUAGCGUUCCGCAGCACCACCAACAAGCAAACGAAUACAACCUGCCGUCAGAGAUGCAGGGAUCCUCAAGCACCGUGGAGUACGUGGCGCACAUGCCGGCCCGCAACCCACCCACCUUCGUCUUGGUGGUCGACACCUGUCUGGACUCAGACGAGGAGCUGCAGGGCUUGCGCGACUUCCUUCUUCAGGCGCUGCAAAUGAUCCCGGAAAACGCGAAGGUGGCCGUUAUUACCUACGGAACGACCGUCAGCGUGCAUGAAAUCACCGGCUACGCGAACUUCCCACGCUCCAUGGUGCUGCGCGGCACGCAGGAGAUGACGGCGGAGCAGCUGAAGGUGAUAGUGCCUUCACCCGAGCGCUUUGUUGCUCCGCUGGGCAGCUGCGCGGAGCACGUUACCCAGCUGAUCUCCUCGCUGACCCGCGACCUCUGGCCGGUGUUGAAGGACCACCGCCCGCUGCGCUGCACCGGGGCCGCGCUGUCCGUCGCCGCCAGCUUGCUGCAGGUCGUCUCGCCCAACACCGGCUCGUGCAUUUUGACGUUCAUGUCCGGCGCGUGCACCUCUGGCCCGGGUAUUGUGGUCGACGUGAGCCGUGAAAAGAUGAUUCGCGUGCACGCUGAUAUUCGCGACGAGACGGCCGCAGCGUCGUAUUGGAGCGCUUCCUGCGCCUUCUACGAGAAGCUGAUGCACCGCAUCGUCGCGCAGGGCCACUCGCUGAACUGCUUUGUAGCCUCACUGGACCAGUUUGGGUUAGCGGAGAUGAAGACGUGCGUGCAGUCCUCCGGCGGUGUCGUGCUGAACGCGGAGUCGUGGCUGGAGGAGCCCUUCCGUGUCUCGCUGCAUCAGUUCUUCGAACGUCGCGACGACGUGGCGCUGAAGAUGGGCCUCAACGCGACCUUCGACGUCAUCACAUCGCCGACGUGGAAGGUGCAGGGCGUGAUUGGGCCGUGCGUCGGCACCGGCAAGAGAUCCACCUCCGUUGCGGAGUACGAGAUCGGCCUCGGUGGCACCUGUCAGUGGACGACGUGCCAGCUAGACUCGACCACCACCUUUGCCAUAUACUUCGACACCGCCGGCGCGCCGUCCGGCGAGGCCGCGAAGAACCCCCUGCGGUACACCCAAAUUAUCACCCGCUACGAAAUUGGCCAGGAGACGCACACCCGCGUCACCACGCUGACGCUGCGCCAGGCGCAGAACCCGCCGAUACAGGACCUCGUGGCCGCGUUCGACCAAGAAACGGCGGCGGUGCUGCUGGCGCGGGAGGCGGUGCACAAAACUGACAGCAUGCCGCUCUUCGAUGUGCUGCGGUGGCUGGACCGCACGGUGGUACGUCUCGUCGCUCGCUUUGGUACGUACACGAAGGACCAGCCCGACACGCUGCGGCUGCCCAACGAGUUCGUCUAUUUCCCUGCCUUCAUGUACCACCUUCGUCGCUCUGGCUACCUGCAGAUAUUCAACUCCAGCCCCGACGAGACGGCGUUCCUGCGGCUGCAGCUGCUGAAGUCCAACGUGGAGGACUCUAUUGUGCAAAUUCAGCCAACGUUGUACAGCUACCGCAUGGACGGCAACCCGCAGCCGGUGCCGCUGGACAGCACGGCCAUCCAGCCCGACAACGUGCUGCUGCUCGACACCUUCUUUGAGGUGCUGGUCCACUACGGCGCCACGAUCGCCGCGUGGAAGAACGCCGGGUACGCGGAACAGGAGGACUACGCGUACUUCAAGGAAUUCCUCGAGGUCCCGAUGGCGGAUGCGCAAGUCCUCAUCAGCUCCCGCUACCCGACGCCGCGACUCAUUACCGUCUGCCAGGACGACCCAGACGCGCGUAUUCUGUACAACCGCAUUAACCCUAGCCGCACCUACGCCUCCGCAGAGGGCGGUGCCUACGGCUCGCACGAAGGUGAGCUGGUGUACACGGACGACGCUUCCUUGCAAGUGUUUAUGCAGCACCUCAAGAAACUGGCCGUCUCUCAGUGA